GGCGACGGUGCGGCGCCUCAUCGUCGUCGUCGUCGUCGUCGUCACAAUAGAUUAUCGUAGGAUAGUAAUCGCAGUACAAUAUUAUGCAUCAUGAACACUACAUAAACAAUAAGUAUUAAUACGACGUGUAUAGACUAUUGUCUUACUGUAAUAAUAGUGUAAAAAAUAAUAAAUUAUUAAUUACUGAAAUUCAUUAUAUUAUCAUUGUAUUCGUAUAACAUAUUAUAUUAUAAUAUAUUGUAUCACGUGCGUGACCGUGUCAUCAUGGACCAAGACGAAGCGUGUCUGGCACCAGAGCAGUGCAUCCGUUGCUUGUCGUACGACCGCGGCCGACAUAUCGCGGUCGUGUCCAACUCGGACGCUUGCACGUGCUCCGACGACGAGACAUGUCCUCAUAACAAGAAGACCGCCGCGCUGCAGCUGUUGGUCCUCAGGAAAAAAAACAGGAUAAGUUUGCAGCAUCAGCAGACGUCGUCGACGACGAACGACAAAUCAACCAAGACCAUUGGCCGUGGUGUGCAGGAAUCGGACGAAGAUGACGACGACUGUUCCUCUUCGUCGUCGUCGUCAUCAUCAAGUAGCACUACGUCUUCCUCGUCCUGCAGCAGUGAAGACACAACUACAUCAGAAUCCGAAGAUGAAGGAUCACGGAUGACUUGCACGUCUGCAGCGGAUUCGUCGGAAUAACAAGGAUUUUUCGUAAUAAUUUGCUUCUCUUCUUGCUGCUUUUACCGCUGCUACUGCUACUACCACUGCUACUGCUGC